ACUCUAGUCCGGGGAAGGAAGAGGAAGAGUAAUGCGCUGGAGUUCCAGUCGCGUAAGUAAAGGGGAAGACUUGUUUGUUCCAGAAACCCAGAAGAAACCACCGCUGCGAAAGCAAAAUAGGCAACUAAAAAUCGCUGCCUUUCGGAUAUCGAAACACCAAAUGAUGCAACAACACCAGCGACCACGGAGACGCUGCGAAGGCACCGCUAUGGGCGCCAUCGUCCUCGAUCUCCGCCCUGGCCUCGGCAUCGGCCCCUUUUCUUUAGGGAUGCCGAUAUGCGAAGCAUUUGCCCAGAUUGAGCAGCAACCCAACAUUUAUGAUGUUGUCCAUGUGAAGUACUUUGACGAGGAACCUUUGAAGCUAGACAUUGUUAUUAGCUUCCCGGACCAUGGUUUCCAUCUUCGAUUUGAUCCUUGGUCCCAGAGGCUAAGAUUGGUUGAAAUCUUUGAUGUCAAGAGGCUCCAAAUGCGAUAUGCCACGUCUAUUAUUGGGGGGCCGUCCACCUUGGCAACUUUUGUUGCUGUUUAUGCUCUCUUUGGCCCAACAUUUCCUGGUAUCUAUGACAAGGAUAGGGGAGUUUAUACCCUGUUUUACCCUGGCCUGUCUUUCGCAUUUCCAAUCCCUGGGCAGUAUGCAGACUGCUGUCAGGAUAGAGAAGCUGAACUGCCUCUGGAGUUUCCGGAUGGAACCACACCAGUCACCUGCCGGGUUUGUAUAUAUGAUGGCUCUAGUGACAAAAAAGUCGGUGUUGGCUCUCUUUUGGACAAGGCUGUUGCUCCUCCUUUACCUGCUGGCAGUCUGUACAUGGAGGAGGUGCAAGUGAAGCUUGGCGAAGAGUUAUUCUUUUCAAUCGGGGGACAGCAUAUUCCGUUUGGUGCGUCACCACAGGAUGUAUGGACGGAAUUAGGGCGUCCUUGUGGCAUCCAUCAAAAGCAGGUGGAUCAGAUGGUCAUUCACUCUGCUUCUGACCCACGUCCAAGAACAACCCUUUGUGCCGAUUACUUCUAUAAUUAUUUUACUCGUGGUUUGGACAUCUUAUUUGAUGGCCAGACUCAUAAAAUCAAGAAGUUUGUUCUUCAUAGCAACUAUCCUGGUCAUGCGGACUUCAAUUCAUACAUAAAGUGCAAUUUUGUUAUCCAAGGUUUUGAAACCCUUAGCAAUUUGUAGAAGAAGAUUUAGGUUUGGUGGUGGUUAUAUAAAAUACUGAAACUAGCUUCUUCUUUACUUUCUCCUCUGAAGCAAAUAACUCGAAGCAGAGUAUCAACCCUAGCACUAAAUGGGAGCAAGUGAAGGAAAUCCUAGGAGACUGCGGUCGUGCAGCUAUCCAAACCCAAGGUUCUACAAGCAACCCUUUUGGAUCCACUUUUGUGUAUGGAUACCAGAACAUCGCCUUAGAGGUGAUGAAAAAUGGCCAUAUUGCUACUAUAACUCUUUUCCUGUCAUGACCAUCGAAUCAAUCUUGGCCUGUGCAUUCAAAGCUGGCAGAUAUUGUACAGUCGAACCACGAAGCAUAUCCGUGAUGUUGCAUUUGUUUUCAACAAAGCACUGUUGAAGUUUGUACAGUAAGUUAAUUGUGUACAGUUAAACGCAGAAACGACUACUGUGUAACUUGAUGAAGCACGAUAUCCGCAGCAACAUAUUUGUAUCUGCGUGUAGCACUUAAAUGUGCAACCAUAUUCGGGAUCCUUGAAACACUUGGUAUUCCAAUUAGCUUUUGAUUUUAUAUGCG